GACUUUUUGCUGUCACUCUCCAAAAAUCAGUUUGUUUACGUUCGCUUGCAAGCCGCUACAAAAUGGGUAAAAGUGAGAAAAAAUCAAAGAAAAAGCACAAGGAAAAGCGCAAGGAGCACAAGGAGAAGCACAAGUCGAAGAAAUCGAAGAAGCACAGCCGGAAAAAGGAGGAAUCCCCUCCGCCAGCCACACCACCACAGAAGCAACCAGAAAAUGGCACCGAGGAGGCGGUGAAGGAGGAGGAGGAGGACUUCGCCAUACCAAUAGCACUGAUGAACAGCAAAUCGCAUGCACCAGAGACACCGGAGGAGUACCAGCGACGCCAAAGCCAGAUCCGCAGGGAGGUGGACCCGGUCACUGGUCGCGUUCGCCUCAUCAAGGGCGACAGCGAGGUGCUGGAGGAGAUUGUGACCAAGGAGCGCCACACGGAGAUUAAUAAGAAGGCCACUCGCGGCGACGGGGAGUUCUACGAGGCAAGAUCUCUGGACGCCGCCAGGCGACGCAAAUAGCUGAUAACCAAAAAGCAAUAAUACUUAAUCGAUUUUAUGUCUUGUAGUAAUAAUUAAUAACUGUCAGUUUAAUUAAACAAAGGGCUAGCUAGCGACUAUAUGUACACGCGAAA